CGUUUUGUUCCACCACUAGCCAGUAAAGAGCUACUUUUUGUACCGCCCAAAAUAACUAAAUUUUAAGUGUUUGCUGGUCGCCAAAGACAAGCCUUUUGGCCGUAACCAAUUUGUAGUGCAAAUUAACAACUAAAUUCGCAGAUAACAACAAGCGGAGCGGCUAAGAAACGAGAGGCGCCGGAACCAACAUAAAAAACCAACACCCACAAAGGCAACCAAGUCGCGUCAUCAGCAGUGGAAGUGUGGAAGGCAGUAGCAGCGGCAGCGGCAGCAGAAGCAGCAGCAGUGGUUUUCCAGCUCCAGUUAGAGUCCUUAAAACAUGGACAGCAAGGGUCGAAAUGUCAUCGUCUGUGAUAACGGCACAGGGUUCGUCAAGUGCGGAUAUGCCGGCAGCAACUUCCCCACCUUCAUUUUCCCCUCGAUGGUGGGACGACCCAUGAUUCGGGCGGUGAACAAAAUCGGCGACAUCGAAGUGAAGGAUUUACAUGUCGAUGAUCUGAUGGUCGGCGACGAGGCGUCACAGCUGCGAUCCCUGCUGGAGGUCUCCUAUCCCAUGGAGAACGGCGUGGUGCGCAACUGGGACGACAUGUGCCACGUGUGGGACUACACGUUCGGGCCCAAAAAGAUGGACAUAGAUCCUACGAACACAAAGAUCCUGCUGACAGAGCCGCCCAUGAAUCCCACAAAAAACCGUGAGAAGAUGAUCGAGGUGAUGUUCGAGAAAUACGGCUUCGAUUCCACAUACAUUGCCAUCCAGGCUGUGCUGACGCUAUAUGCCCAGGGUCUGAUCUCGGGCGUUGUGAUCGAUUCGGGCGAUGGCGUAACGCACAUAUGUCCCGUCUACGAGGAGUUUGCCUUGCCCCAUCUGACGCGGCGAUUAGACAUUGCCGGGCGCGACAUUACUCGUUAUUUGAUUAAGUUACUGUUACUACGUGGCUACGCUUUCAAUCAUUCCGCUGACUUCGAAACGGUGCGCAUCAUGAAGGAGAAGCUCUGCUACAUCGGCUACGACAUCGAGAUGGAGCAGCGAUUGGCCCUGGAGACGACGGUGCUGGUGGAGUCCUACACGCUACCCGACGGCCGGGUAAUCAAGGUCGGCGGAGAGCGAUUCGAGGCGCCAGAGGCUCUGUUCCAGCCGCAUCUGAUCAACGUCGAGGGCCCGGGCAUUGCGGAACUGGCCUUCAACACCAUCCAGGCGGCAGACAUCGAUAUCCGGCCCGAGCUCUACAAGCACAUAGUUCUGUCCGGCGGUUCCACCAUGUACCCGGGUCUGCCCAGUCGGUUGGAGCGGGAGAUCAAACAGCUGUACCUGGAGCGGGUACUCAAGAACGAUACGGAAAAGCUGGCGAAAUUCAAAAUACGCAUUGAGGAUCCACCGCGACGCAAGGACAUGGUCUUCAUCGGCGGCGCUGUGCUGGCGGAGGUGACGAAGGACCGCGACGGCUUCUGGAUGUCUAAGCAGGAGUACCAGGAGCAGGGUCUCAAAGUGCUGCAAAAGCUGCAAAAGAUCAGUCACUAGAGGCGACGACGAAUUGUAUAAAGUUCUUUUGGCUAGUUUGUAUAAGUUGAAAAUUUUCAGUUUAGCGUGAUGUAUCUGUCUAUAUGUGUGUUUUUUUUUGUUUGUUGUGUGCCUGCGCCAAGUGGGCGUGUCUGUUGAUCAGCAUUUGGUCCACCUUGGUCCUGAGACCACCAAAAAGACAUCGCAGACAUGCCGCCACUUGUUCGAUCCCCGUACAAUGAAUUGUAAUAUUUCUUUCGCCGCGAGCCGAGCGGCCAAAAAAGUGUAACCCGAUAGUCAGCCUAAAUUGUGUAACCCUGCAGUAGUAAGUUCAAUUGAUUAUAAUUACGCCUAAAGUCCAACGCCCUUUUGCUUUGAUUAAUAAUAUACAUACAUAUAUAUAUAUAUAUAAAUUCCCUGCACCCCAAGGUGCAUCGAUAUUUUUGUAAACGCAAAUGUUUCAUUUCGAGCGAGUAUUUCACAUUAAGUAUUACCUAGGCCAAGUCUGCUAGUGGCAGCGAUUAUAAAUCGUGUGUGUUUGAGGCGGAGAAAGUGACAGAGACAGAGACAGAGGCAGAGACAGAGAAAGAGAUGCAUAGGCACAGCACAGAAGGAGAAGGCGAGAGUUGGAGCCAUCCUCCAGCCCUCGUUGACUAGGAAACCCCGAUUCGACCCGAGAUCCGAACUAAAUCUAGGCAUUUCUGGGUUACCUCCAACUAGACAACCAGGAUAAACCAAGUCAGUCACAAGAAUUUGCAUUUAUGUUGCCCAAUAAUCGAUAAUAUAACCUGGUGACUACCAGCCGAAGUGUUUAAUUUGACCUAAUUUCCCAACCUGCCUUUUCUAGUUAGUUGCAAUUUGAUGAUUGUUGGGGCAAGCGGACGCCACCCAUGCGAAACUAUCGGCGUAUAUAUUGGGCAUAUAUCUAUAUGAUCAGUAUAUAUAACAAGUGUGAAAUGCCAAUUAUAUAAGUAAAUGCAAUAAACAUAAUUACGUAUGUAUGAUGUAUACUGUGUACUGUAGUCUAAAGCUAAAUCGUAUUUGACUUGGUUUUUUUUACCAACUAAAAACAAAACAAGAAUCACAAUAAAAACGAAAAACAAAUCCAA